AUGCUUUUUCAUUCUGUAAAAGAAUUACAUCCUUCACAAAAUGCAGCUUCUCGUUUUGGCAAUUUAUUAUUAUUGUUGCCAACAAUUACUACACUUUCUGGUUUAAUGAGUGAAAAUAUGCAAUUCUGUCAAGUCUUUGGCUGGACAGAUCCUUUACUUAAUGAAUUGUUUAAUAAUGGAGAUGAAGAAAAAACAGCUUCGUAUAAUCAAGAAGGGCCUUUGAGUGCUUUUCUUGCUGAUGAGGAUGCUUUUGAUUUAACUACAAGCGUCGGUCCUCAUCCUGUUUCUUAUAGCCCACCGAUGUUUGGAGGUGAAUCCUCUUCUCAAGGGAAUUAUUCGGCCUACGAACAGCCUUCUCCUCCACUCCAACCAUGCUCUUCCUCAUCUUCUAAUUCCUCCUCUUCCCCAUUUACUUCCUCUUCAUUAUCUUGUGUAUGUUUAACAGAAAAAUGUGAAAUGAGUACACAAACUGACAUAAUUAUGAAUUUUGAGUCAGCAACAAAUAUUAAUAAUAGUUCAAUGAUGGAAUGUUGUUCUAAUCAAACAGCUUUAAAUCCGUUAGAUUUUGAUGUUGGGUGUAGUAAUGAUAAUGAUAUGUUUUUUGAUGGAGAACAAGUAAACAAAUUUUUUCAAUUGUUAUUAUGUUUGUACGCAGGAAGAAUUUGCAAAAAUAGAAUAAAUAUUAAAUAA